AUUUUGGGAAAAAGGGUCCAGACAAAAACGAGCCUCCCUUCCCCGUUUACCCUGCGAUCCCUUUUUUCCUCUCCCCAAUUCCAUUUCUAGAGAGAGAAACUUAGAUUCUUGAGAGAGAGAGAGACGAUCUUCUUCACCGCAAGCAAAAAUUUAGGGUUUCCGGUUGUUGGAUCGGUCGCUUGCUUGUCGCGUUACUUGAUCAUCCCUUAUCGAUCAUCAUUCAUUUGAUGAACUAAGACAAUGAAGGCAAGGGCAUCUUCGUUGAAUCCAUACGCUACUUCAUAUGUUCCACUCUCCAGAAGAGGGCCAAAUGAUGAAAGCAAAGGCCAUGAAUCGACAGUGACAGAUUCAAAGAUGAGGAAUCAGGCUGCUUGGCUAGCAUAUGAUCCUGGGAGUACUACACAAAACUAUGAUGCUUCUACUGCUGUUCCUGACAGUCCUGAUAGCUUGAAACUUAAGAAUCAUUCUGUUUUUGGCUCAUCAUCACAUAGUGCAGAGUUAGCCGGAAAACAGGCAAUGGAUGUUGAUCAUGACAUGAAUUUGGCAUAUCUUCAGAUGAUUUUUUCUGGUGUAUCCGACGAAUCUCUUUCCAGUGUCUAUACAGCAAACGGAGGUGAUAUGGAAGCCACAGUUGAAAUGCUGAAUCAACUUGAGGUGCACAGCGGUGACUUCUCGGAGAAUCUUCCAGAGUCAUUAGACAUUGGUGAUGUAUCAGAAGCGGGAUCAUCUAGCGAGGGUGGAUCGCAAAAACUGAAGAAGGUAGCUGCUAUUGGUGAAGGCAGUUGGUAAAAGAGGGUGGUGCUUUCUAAUCGAUUUGUCUGUCUGUGUAUAUCAAUGUGGUUGCACAUAUAGAGGAGUUGUUUUGCUGCUUGUAUAGAUAGAUUGGGGGUUUGCUUCAAAAUUGUUUUUGGCACAUUGUUGUAUGCUUAUGUGUGAUACUACUUCUACUACUAAUUGGCAUCUUCAAUUUUCCC